AUGACAGUUCGCACAGAUGCAUGCUUGGAAUUCUAGCUGGCGACUCUCGCCAGCAAUGACCCCAAUGUUUUCGAGACCGUAGAGGAAGAAGCCGAACUGACUACCAGUGUGAACAAACACGUCAACAUAAAGACCGGCAGGUUACUUUUUAAAUUUUUUUUAUUUUUUUAAUUUUAAACGGAGACAGCGAGCUCUUUCCCCCAGCGACAGUAUCAACAGCCCAGGGUUGUCAAACAACAAGCAUCAUUCAGUGUCAGCCAGAGGUAGCGGCUGGAGCUCACAGUUGUCUCUUCCCUGCUUCUCUGGAGCCUGGUAAUUUCAGCGUCAGCAACAAGAUAUCUUCUAAGCCAAAACACUGAGUCAACAAUGUCUGCCAACCCCCUGCAUGAAAGCCCAGUCUACAUUCGUGAUUUGGGGUUAGACAUCUUGAAACCAAAGUCCCCUCCCAAAAACCCCUGAAGAUUGGUCUCUGUGGGUGUCAGAUUCUUUCUGGUUCCACUUCCUGACAUCUGCUGUUGUUCAACACUUUCUCACCUCCCAGCAGGGGCAGGAUGCUCUAGUUGUUUGGGAUACUUCCUCUACUGUAUGGGUAUUAGGCAAGCACAGGCCCUGCUGAAAUUCAGUUGAGCAAGGUGCUGAAUCCAUACCAUCUCUAGGAAUGCUUUGUAGCAGACUUUAAUCUCUGAUCUCUCUGGGAAUAAGGACAGCAGAAAAUUUCAUUGCAGGAAUCAACAAACUGUCACACACUUGAUCAAAGAUAAGACCUUCAGCCUCAGACCAGGCUUCUUUAGUUCCCCUUCUCUUCACCACUCCCAGUACCAUGCUGGGUGUGCUCCUGCGGAGGAACAUGUCCCACAAGCUGAGUGUGCUGCUGCUGGUAUUCGGCCUGGCAUGGGGUCUUAUGCUGUUGCGCUACACUGCGCAGCAGCCUCGACAUCAGAGCAGCACUGAGCUACGUGAGCAGAUCCUGGAGCUCAGUCGGCGAUAUGUCAAGGUCCUGACAGAGGAGAACCAGAAUGCGCCAGGGGGGCCACAGGGAACGUCCAUGGCUGGUUAUGCUGAUCUGAAGAGGACGAUAGCUGUGUUGCUGGAUGACAUCCUGACGCGGCUGGUCAAAUUGGAGGGGAAAAUCGAAUUGGUGGUCAAUGCUUCCUCCACUAACACUUCCCACACAGCAGGGGGCGUCCUUGCCUCCAGCCAUCCUGGGACGCCUCGCCUUCACCCACACAUCCCUAAUAGGCCUCGACCACAUCAAGGAGCAUAGCUUUGUUAGAGUUUUUGUUUUGAGCACAUCACACUUUUCCAGCAUUUAUCACUGAUGUAACAACAUCAGACAAAUGAAAAGCAAUAGGGAGACAUAUGGACAUCCAGAAACUUAAAAUUUGGGAUGCAUCUCAGAAAUGUUUAGCCAGCUCAGAGGGAAGAGAGGACUUCAUGCUAUGUCCUAUCAUAUGCUGAUAUUUAUUUUGGGUUUUUUUUUACCAAGCCUAUCCAGUGCAUUUUUAUAUUUUUAUUGCUGAUUUUAUUCAGCUUAAAUUUUAGCAGUUUUAUAAUGCCAUAUUUGAAACUUGUGACUGUUUAAGUGAAUGCAAAGAGGUAUAAACACUCUUGGAACUGACGUUGAAUCUCAUACGCAUCAUAAAAAUGGCUUAAAAUGCUCCUCAUUGUAAAAAUUUUACAAUACUGCUUCAACAUAUCAAGAUGCUGAACUAAACGGUACAGUCACAAUAUUUAGGAAUAGCAAUAUUUCAGUUUUUGCUGGUGCAGUUGCUAAAUACUAUAUGAAGAAGAUUCUUCUUUUAGCUUACGCAUGUACUGAUUUUAAGGAUAAUUAAACUGUAUAGUUCACCUGGAAGAGAUAAUCCAAAGAAUGGUAUUUGCACUCCAUCUGAGGGAAGUAUAAAAGUAUUUACAAUUGCUGCGAGACAAUGUGGGGUUUAUGCAGACUAUGAUGGGACGAUGCUUGUUUGCCACUGUAAACAUGAGCAUGUGUGUGAUUCGUCUCCCCUUAACCGGUGUUGAGAGAUGUUUUCAUUUAGAUAUGGAACAGACUGAAUGUACUCUGUGGUCAGUUUCUAGCCCUAUAGUGGUGUAAAAUGACUGACCUACUGCUUACACAUGUUCAGGGUUCAUGUUGCACUGUGACUCUAUAGACAUUUUCUAAAAAUACUGGGCUAAUCCAACUUUGACUUUAGGGAUAUUUUAGGCUCUGAAAUGUUAAUUAUUCCAGCCUGCCUGCUGAGUAUGGUUUCCAUAAUACUGAGAAACUCUGCCGAAAUACCUCACCUUGUCCUGCCUAGAGGUAGAAAAUCUUUAAUUUGCUCAUCAUGAUGCUCAUUAACAUGAUGACUUUGUCCUGCCACAAAAAUGGGCAAUACGUUUAUCAGUAUUACUUGGAGAUUGUAUGAGACAGAGUUAAUGUGGGUGGAAAACUAAAAUAUGAAAAAAAUGUGAUUAAAACAACUGAGUGAUGCCAUGAUUUUACUGUGCUUUAUAAUGCUAAAGUAGAAAUAAUGGUGAGCCAGUCAGCUGCUGUCAGAUAGCUUUACAAAUAAAUUGACCCCGUGGAAAAAUGACCCCCCCCCCCAACAUUUAAAUCAAUGUUGAUAUCAGACCCCCCACUCAUUACCUAUACAUUAAAUGUGGGAGAGAAAAAAAUAUGCCUUGUGUCAUUCAGGACAUCUUAGUUAUGAAUCCAGUUUUAUUGGCCUCCAUCCAAAGAUUCAACCUGUGGUUCCCAAAAAGGACACCCUCCAUGUGUCUUUAAGAGGUGUGUGUGUCCGUUUAAGUGAAUGUAUAAAGAUGAGUUUUCAAGCUAUACUAACCCACUGCAAAUGGCUGAGGUAAUUGACCUGAUAAUUUACCAGCCAAAUCUUGGUUUAUAAUGGUCAGUGAUGGAAAGUAACAAAGUACAUUUACUCAAGUACUUUAUUUAAAUACAAUUUUACAUACUUAUACUUUACUUGAGGUUUUUAUGUUUUCUUUUCUGCUUCUCCAAAGUAACUGCUUCUCCAAAGUAACUACAAUUACUUUACUUGACAGCUGUCAAGUAAAGUAAUUAUAGUUACUUUGCAGAUAAGAAUUUUACAUAUAAGAAAAUGGUCAGAUUCUAAAAUAUGAUCCAUUAUUUCGGAUUAGUCUACCCAACAGUGUUAUAUAUAGACUGGUUAAAAUUAAUUCCCUGUCAAUAAGCGUAAAAGUUUAAAUAUGUCUCUCAGAAUAAUUUUUCGUAAAUAUUAUUUGAGUGAC